CCUAGAUUGCCCUCAACUACGGAGUAGUCAACUACCCUACCCCAUAUCUCUCUCUCCUCUACUUCCCAGUUCUUUUCAAAAAAUCACAAUACCCCACCGGAAAACCGCAUAAAAGAGGACGCCGGAGCACAUCUACGGGAAUCCCUCGCCCCUCUAUUCGCCGGAGAAAUAAGAUCAAUCAUCAUAGAAAACGACAAUGGCAGGGGAUAGUGACGCGUUAACCUGUAAAAACCUCCAAAGCCUUUUUUCCUCCUUUGUUGACACCUUUGUUGACUUCUCCGUUAGUGGCCUCUUUCUUCCUCCACCCCCUUCAAACCCUGACCCCAAUGCGUCAUUGCACACCUUCCACCCUUCACCGGACCACCUCAUUGCUGUUGGUGAUAUUCAUGGGGAUUUUGAAAAAUGCAAGCAAUCUCUCCUCCUUGCUGGACUGAUUGACGCCACAGGAAAUUGGUCUGGUGGCUCCUCUACUGUUGUGCAAAUCGGUGAUGUCCUAGAUCGUGGAAGCGAUGAAAUAAAGAUCCUUUACUUUCUUGAGAGAUUGAAACGACAAGCAGAUAAAUCUGGUGGGAAGAUCAUCACCAUGAAUGGGAAUCACGAGAUAAUGAACAUUGAUCGUGAUUUCAGAUUUAUUACGGCUGAUUCUUUGAAAGAAUUUUCAAAUUGGGCCUUUUGGUACAAUAUUGGUAAUUCAAUGAAAGCAUUAUGUUCUGGAAUUGUGGAUUUGCCGAGUAAUCCAUUUUGUGGUGUUCCCAUUGAAUUUAAAGGUAUUAGGAGGGAGUUUCAUGAAGGAUUUAGGGCUAGAAUCGCAGCAUUACAGCCAAAUGGGCCAUUGAGCACCCGAUUUUUUGCGAAUAAUGUGACAGUUCUGGUGAUGGGAGAGAAUGUGUUUGUUCACGGGGGUUUGUUAGCAAGCCAUGUGAAUUAUGGAUUAGAGAGGAUUAAUAAGGAAGUUAGAGAUUGGAUUAAUGGGGUCAGAGGAGAUUUGUGGAGAGAUAUUGGGAGAGGUAGCAACUCUGUCGUAUGGUUGAGGAAGUUUUCGCAUGAGCUAGCGGAGAGUUGUGACUGUGAAGCACUUGAGCAUGUUCUUUCAACGAUUCCUGGAGUGAAGAGGAUGAUCAUGGGGCAUACCAUUCAAUGGAAAGGGAUUAAUGGUGCUUGUGAGGGCAAGGCGAUUAGGAUUGACGUGGGUAUGUCAAAGGGGUGUAUUAAUGGAUUGCCGGAGGUUUUGGAGAUUGCUAAGAAUUCAGAGGCACGGGUUUUGACAGCUAAUCCUGCUUAUCAGGAUAGUGAUGGUGCUAGAGGUGUGGAAGUUGGUGGAAGAGAAGGACUUGCUGUGGUUCUUGAGAAUGAUAAACGCAAGCAAGUUCAAGUUAGAGCUUGAUUUUAUUAUUAUUUUUAUGUUCUCAAAGAGCUGAAUUUCUGCAUUGCGGAAGUCUGCGUUGCUUGAAAAGGAAGAUUGAUGAAAGAACUUUAGAGUUCAAUUAGGGGCGAGCAUAUGCAAUAUAAUUUAUCUAGUGAAUAAUGAUCGUUCUUGUAAGUUUCCAAAUUUCAUUUGGUGAUUAACACAGUUCGCAUGAUUGCUCAAAGUAGGGAGCAUUUGCUAACUCAGUGAACUUAUUUUUUCCCCCUCUGUGGUAUUAAUCUUGAUUUUAACACUUGGUAGUCCCAAGAAUCGAUGUAAAGACGCUUCUUCCAGUAAAUUACUUCUGUCUCUGCUUUAUCAUGUUA